AGAAACCCGAGCGGAAGUGGUCGGAGCGAAGCAGAAGAGACAAAUUCGGAUUUCAGAAAAUAUUUGUUUUCCCAGCCAUCUAAAGAACACUCAAAAAACAGUAAGAAUGGCAGCUUCUUACUUUCGUGUCGAGCUCACGGCUAUUCUGGACGUGCUGAUUAAAACGGCGGUCGUGGACAUUUGUACGCUGGCAGACAGCGUAUUUGCGUCGUUACAAAUGGAAGUGGAAAGAUGCACUUCGGAAAAUGAGGACUUGAGACGAGAGUUGCAGAGAUUUAUUAUGGAGCAGAACAGUUCCAUCGAUUCAGAGGUGGUCGCCAAGAACCACAACGCCAGGGACAGCAUGGGCAGAACUGAAGAAGAUGCCAUGGCCAUAGCAGACGAUUGUAAGCAGAUGGCUGGUGAUGCAAGUAGUGAAACUGCAGCGGACAUUGAGAGGGGUCAGUGGCAAGUGGACCUGCAAAGGCUGAGCCCUGCAUUAGCAGGGAUUAAAGAGGAGGUGACAGAGACAUGUGUUAGCCACAGUAUGGACAACAGAGUGGACGUUAUAUCCAGUGAUGGAGUUUGCGCUCCUUUUCCUCUAAUGUCGGAAAGAAAUGGUCAGUGCUCUGACAUCAGUCCUGACCUCAAGACUGAACUGGGGAAUAAACGGACAUCCGCUUUUCACAGUUCCCAGCCUGUAGGGGACAGUUGCGUCAUUCCAGUCUAUGAGGAAGAGAAUGGGAGCCCUCCGCCUCUGGACGGAGACUGGGAAACCGAGCAGCUUGGCAGUCAGCACGUGCCAGGUGGUCAGAGAGGAGAGGAAGAUGGCGGCGAGGAAGAGUUACAGCUAGACACGUGCAUGCCACAGACACCAAGCUCGCACUGUGACUUCACACUGUUCGGGGGUUCCGUGAGAUCAUCCGUCUUUCCGAGUACUCUGCGGCAGACAGGAAGCACGUUUAUUUGUAAUAUCUGCGGAAAAAGUAUUCUGUCACAGCAAGGACUGAGAGUACACAUGAAGGCACAUGCUGGCCAAAGGUCCUUCACGUGCUCUCAGUGUGGGAAGAGUUUCACCCGGAAAUCAACUCUGAAUUUCCACCAGAACAUUCACACGGGCGCCAAACCAUACGCGUGUAGCGUCUGUCCAAAGUCGUUUGCGGACCCAAGUGCCCUUCGACGACAUAAGGCCAUACACAAGGCAGUGCGCUAGGUGCAGCCAAAGCCUUGUGGUUUAGACUGCCAUGGACGUAACUGGUGCAGUCUGCACUCGGAGCCAACAGACAGUUCCACCUAGGGCAAGACAUGAGAGAUGCAAUGAAAGAGAGCACAUUUUAAGAAAGUUGCCGUGUAUGAGAUUGAGAGCCACUAGGUUAACGGUUUCAGAUGGAGGGUAUCGCAACAUAUGGUGUUUGUUUUUUUGUUUUUUUUUUUGGAAACGCCACUCUUUUUAAUUAAUACCCAUAAUUUGUUAUUAGUGGCGCCCUCCAGUGGACAAUGUUCAUCUUGCUUAGAGUGUAGGAGGUCUUAACUUCUAAUGUGAAGGAAAACGUCUGUUUUGAGCACAGAAUUAAAGUACAAGCUGUGCUUAUCCGAUGUGACCCCUGGAUGGCGCUGGACGUCUGGUUUUGGAAAUCGUUAGUCCGCACCAGCAUAAUUUAUCAGAGUGAAAAGAAUCAAGUGUCCCUCCUCAAUUUGUAUUUUCCCCCGUUUUCGGUUUUUUU